AUGGCUCCACCUCCUCAGAAAGAACCUCAGAUUGUGGAAGCAGAAAAUUCAGAUGCUGGGAGGAGAGCAACAUUUAUUUUCUUGCAUGGAUUUGGAGAUGAUGCUGAUGGAUUCAUCAACAUCGCCCAUCAAUUUCAAGCCGCUCACAAACUCCCCUACUUGAAAUGGAUCUUCCCCAAUGCACCCCACAACCACGAAGCUAAUAGCACCGCAUGGUACACACCCACGUCGUUCUCGCCCAUCCCCGUCGGCUCUUCCUCUUCUCCUUCCGCCUCUCAAGAAUCUCCUGAACAAGAGAACGAAUUUACUGAUUCUCCUGAGAGCGAAAAUGAGAUUUGGGAGAGUGUGAAGUAUGUAGAGGGGCUGAUUGAGAAGGAGUUGGAAAGAGGUGUUGAGCUAGGACGAGUAGUGGUUGGAGGUUUUAGUCAGGGGUGUGCGGUGAGUUUCUUGGUUGGAUUGGCCGGGAGGUUUAAGGGGGAAGUCGGAGGUGUGGUUGGAUUGAGUGGAUAUUUACCUGGGGGAAGAAGGGCGUGGGAAGGGAGGGAGAGUCUGAGGAAGGGGAGGAUUGAGGGGCAAGAGAAACAGAAGGAUGGCGAGGAGAGUAAUGGUGGAGAUGGAAGAAAUGGGAAGAUGAAUAUGAAGGUCUUUAUCGGGCAUGGGACAAAGGAUAUGUUAGUUCCUAUGAGGAUUUUUAGGGAUGCGAGGGAGAGGGUGAAGUACACGAUUGGGGAGGAGAAUUUGGAAAGUCACGAGUAUGAGGGUUUGGGCCAUACGGCUUCCGGGGCUAUGUUUAGAGAUAUGUGUGGGUUUUUAGAGAAGAUGAUUCCUGAGUAAUGGAGGGAGAUGCGAACUGUGCUGUUUGUAGAGGGGAUUGUGAUGAACAUAAUUCCAGUGGAUCGAAUGCUUAUUUUUAUUGACUUGACUUGGAACUGAGAGCUAACUUAGGUGAUAUAAUCCGAGGAAAAUAUUGAUAUGGUUGAAGUGAGCUUUUGCUACACAAUAUCUAGUGAGUUCUCGCUUUAUCUUUCAGGCGAUUCGCUUUGUGGUUCUGUUUGUUAUGAUUGCAGCAUCAUAAAAGGGGCUGAAGCGAACCUGUCGGCUACGGGAAGCCUUUAUGAUGCUCAAUGGUUGUGCAUUUGCUGGAUCUGGCAUUAAUCAACAUUUGUUGAAGUAUCAUAUAUCUAUAUCUCUCGUCAUCGACCAACUUCUAAACUCAAGCCUGCUUGACCAUUUAGAACUGUUUAUUUCGCCCUACAGUCUGUGCACCAAGCGGGCGAGCUCCGCUUAGAUAGGCGCAAAACCCAACGUUGUGGUCGCGAUGUGUGAUCACUCGAAAUAAAU